AUGGCCGGCCAUCUAUCCCUCGAAGGAACUGUCGCCUCGUCCUCCGAGUCUCACUCCUCUGACGCCACCUUGAUCACCGAUGAUCGACCACAUGCAGGUGUUCUCGCCGGAAUCAUACCGGCUCUUCUUCGCAGCGGAUACAAUUCGAUUGAUGUCGAAUCCCGAUCUGCCAGUGACCAGAAGGUCAUCAACAAAGGCCAGCAGCCUGAGACCACCCCCGGGCCUCACCCCCGGAGCUACGACACCUCUUCCGGCUCGGAAAUCAUCCAUAACGCAAUUCCGAACGCGGGCCAGCAUGCUGCCAUGGUGACAAUAGAGGACGGCUCCGAAGAGGCGCCGCUGGAUCGCCCUGGGCGCUCAUGGACCUGGGUAGCGGUGCUCAUUUUCAUUGUUCUGUUGACCAUCAUGUUGCUGGGUCUUAUCGUGGGAGUCGUGACGAAGCAGGUAGCAUGGGGCAUUGCAACGUCGGGAGCUGUAGCCCCAGUCGUCGUUUUCUUUGGGGGCCUUUUCUAUCAUCGCAGCAAGUGA